AUGGCAGUUUCAGCUGUCCUCAGCUUUCCCUCCCCAGCGGUGCCCCUGGCUGAUGGGAACCUACUGCAGUUUGGGCUCAUGAUUGAGAGGCUGACGGGGAAGUCGGCCCUGGACUACAAUGACUACGGCUGCUACUGCGGCAUCGGUGGCUCCAAGUGGCCUGUGGAUGAGAUAGACUGGUGCUGCCACGCUCAUGACUGCUGCUACGGAAGGAUGAACAAGCUAGGCUGUGACCCCAAACUCGAAAAGUACAACUUCUCUAUGACGGAAACCAGCAUCACCUGCGGGGGAAGAACUGCCUGCCAAAGGUUGACUUGUGAGUGUGACAAGAAUGCCACACUGUGCUUCCGAGACAACCUCCGCACCUACAACCCCAAGUAUGCUCACUACCCCAACAAGCUGUGCACCGGCCCCACGCCGCCAUGCUGAAAUCUUGGGCAGCCUCCACGGGAGUCCAAACCUCCUCUGCCUCCCCAGACUCUGCUCUCUUCCCACAAAAUGCUCUUCUUGUCCUUCUAGAUGUCCAAGGGACACGUGAUCAGAAUUUCCUCCCAAAUAAUAAAUACUAAUUUGGUUAUA